AUGAUGAUUGUAGAAGAAGAGUCACCUAGUGGGUAUCUGAUAUCAACCCACGUAAAUACAACACGUAUCUGCCUAAUUCCUCUGGUCAAGACCCUUCAUCUAUUGGUAGAAGGAUUGGACUCAACUGAACGUCCACUUAGUUCAACUCCUUUUGGAAAUACAACAUCCCAUGUUCCAGGUUUAACAAAUGUUCGUCGACCUAGAGCAGAUACCAUGCCUUCUCGUACUACAGUCUUCCCUACUAUUGAAAAUACUGGUUCUUCUCCUACUACCUCUGGCAAUGACUCUGAUAUCUAUCUUGGUAAUACCACUUCAAAUAAACUAGCCAUUCCUUCUGCUGCUUCUGAUACUGGUCGAAGACGAUCUGGUUCCGUCACUUUACUUUCUUCUUCUGACAAUACAACUCGUCAAGAUUAUGGUAAUGCUUUAUUUACUCCUGGUUUCCCUCCUUAUCAUAUGAUGGAAGAAACUGCUUCAACUACAGUGGCAAGUACUUUGGCCUCUCUUGGUUUGGGUGAUACCUCAACUACUAGUGAUAUGCUACCCAUGGGUUUUUCUCCAUUCUCACCACAAUCAAGAUCUAGUGUCAUGCAAAGACCUCGUGCGAUUAGUCUCGGAAUGGCAGAUGAUCCUCAAUUUGAUGAAACCUUGUCUUCCUUUACUCCAUUUGAUAUGAACUCUUUACAAUCUACAUUAUCUUCAUCACCUGCAGCCCAACAAGUUUAUCAACAACAACAACAACCGUCUUCCUCGUCUUCUAAACUAGGUCAACAAGUAUAUUCUGAUACUCAAAGAUCAUUACGCAUAUCAAGAUCUAGUGGAAAUUUGAUGGAUUUAUCUUCGGACAGACAAACAGCUAGCCGAUUCGACUCGUCUGGAUUUUAUGACUCUUCUAUAGAUGAUUUAACUCACCAGGAUGACAUCAAUGCUAUGCCAUCAGCCUCAUCAUCAUCAUCAGCAUUAUUGGAUUCACCUUCUUCUGUGCCAGCUCAAAUUCCAUCUCGUGCUCUAUGGUUAGGGAAUGUUAAUCCUUCAGUAAGUGUCAAUGAUUUGAUGCAACAAUUCUCUUUAUAUGGUCAUGUCGAAAGCGCUCGAAUUCUCUCCGACAAGGAAUGUGCGUUUGUCAACUUCUCCACGGUAGAAUCAGCGGUGGCAGCGAAAAACGAUCUGGAAACAAGAUUGGGAAGCAUGCUAGGUGGCACUUCAGUUCGUGUUGGUUUUGGAAAGGCAGAUGUGGCAGUAGCAAUGGCCCUUACCAAUGAAGCAGGUCCAAAUGCUCAAGGUCCUACUCGUGCAUUAUGGGUUGGCAAUAUUCCAGCAAAUAUGAAUACCGCCAUUCUUCAAGCUAUCUUUCAAGCAUUUGGUCCAAUAGAAUCUGUACGUGUCUUGUCUCAUAAAAACUGUGGAUUUGUAAAUUUUGAACAUCAAGAAGAUGCUGUACGUGCACGCAAGAAUUUACAAAACAAAGAAAUCCUAGGUCCUGGUUCUGGAACUGUGCGUAUCGGUUUUGCCAAAGCUCCUUCUGCAGAAGAUAUUAACAAUGGUUUACAACAAGGUUUAGCUUCUCACAAUGCGCCAACAACAUCAGGUUCAACAUCUACUAAAAACAAUAGCAAUAACCAUUCCUUGUCCACCGACACUUACCAAGCGACACAAUGGGCUACAGCAAUGAUGAUGACUACAAUGAUGAUGAACGCAUCGGGAAAACAACCAGCAACACAACCCAGUUUAUACACAGCUAUUGCGGCAGAGCGACAGUUUAUCAUGCAACAAUUAUGUCAGUACACAGAUACGGUGCAGUUACAACAAAAGGACCAGCAAAAUGAACGAAUUCCUGUCAGUUAUUAUUCUGUGAUUCCUUCAGUACCUGAGCUGAGCUCAGACAGAACUCUGGAACCUCUUAGACUUCGCGACAUGAGGAAACGUUUGGAAAAUGGUCAAGCCUUACAAGAUGUGGAAAUAAUUGCUUAUGAAUGCAUGAAUGAAAUCGUGGAAUUAUGUAGUGAUUAUAUUGGAAAUACUGUGAUCCAAAAAUUGUUUGAACAGUGUACUGAAGCAACAAAACAAACCAUGUUGGAACGCAUUGCCCCUUAUUUGGCAGCUAUUGGUGUACACAAGAAUGGAACUUGGGCUGCUCAAAAGAUCAUUGAUUAUGCAAAUACACCUGGUCAGUUAUCAUUAAUUCGACAAUAUAUUGCACCCUAUGUACCUUUGUUAUUAUUGGAUCAAUUCGGCAACUACGUGGUACAAUGUUGUCUUCGUUUGGGCGCUGAGCACAAUCAAUAUAUAUUUGAUGCGAUUGUUGACAAAUGUUGGGAAAUUGGACAAGGUCGAUUCGGUGCCAGAGCAGUACGUGCGAUUCUUGAAAGUAAUGUGGUGACAAAGGAACAACAAGUAUAUUGUGCUGCAGCCAUUGUACAAAAUGCAGUUUUAUUGACUACCAACGCUAAUGGAACAUUAUUACUCGUAUGGCUACUGGAUACUUCGGAAUUGGCUGGUAGAUACCGCGUUUUAUAUCCUCGCCUCUUACCUUACCUCAGCAAACUAUGCACUCAUAAACUGGGUUCUAUGACUGUGUACAAGAUUAUCCAACAACAAGAAGAACCUGAUACCAGCCAUCUAUUUUUGAAUGCAUUGACAACUGAUGCUCCUUUACUAGACGAUAUUUUACGGGAUCAAAUUCAUGGUUUAGGAUUGAUACAAAAAAUAUUGGCAUUACCUCACAUUCAUGACCAACGAGGAUCACUUGUUCGUCGAAUUCGUGCAUCUUUGGAUCGACUUCAAGUUCAACAUAUUCAAAGUUACAAGAAAUUGAUAGAAGAAUUAGAUUCCGUUCCUAGUAGCAAUACUAGUAACAACAGCGGCAGUGGCAACAAUACUCCAGCACCCCAACCUUCAUCCAUUUCAGUGGCAUCACCUUCACCAUCCUCAGCAUCAUCAUCAUCAAACCCCUUGGAUACAACAAACACAUCGUCAAUGGAUAUGGUAUCAUGGAUGAAGAAUCCUCAAGCAGUAGCAAUGAUGGCCAAUAUGUACGCAGCCGCCAUGACAGCAGCAGCCACUUCACAACAACAACAACAACAAAUGCCUUCAAUGCUAAAAGUGCCAGAACUCCCUCAGUUCAAUCAUAUUCUCAAAUCUCUUUUAACAUCUACACCUUCAACAACCGAUGUGAAUGAAAACACCACCACUUGUACUGAUGCUACUGAAAACAAAGACAAUAUAUCUGGCAUGGAUCAAGAAGACGAACAAUUUCAAGUCAACACCUGA